AUGGCUACCAAAGGAAAAGCACCAGCUUCUGAUAAUGCUGCUUCUGGAAAGAAGUCAUAUGCUCAACGUAUCGACAUUGAAGCUCUAGUUUUUCUUGCUGCUGUUCUUGAGUAUCUUGCUACUGAGGUGCUUGAAAUAGCUGGAAACGUGGCGAGGGAUAACAAAGGGUCGAGGAUUGUGCCAAGGCACAUACAAUUAACUGUAAGGCAUGAUGAGGAAUUGAACACAUUGUUUGGCGACGUGACAAUUUGUUCUAGCGGUGUUUUAUCAAAAAGUCAUAAGGAUCUGCUUCGUAACAGGAUGUUUGGUAGCUCUUCAAAGGCGCCCGUUGUUGCUGCUACUGAUGACGAGUAG